AUGGUACCGAUUGAAUUACAAAUUGAUAAAGAUAUAACAUUGAUUCAUGAUAAUCUAUCAACAAUAGCUAUGAAUAUGAAAAAUUGUCAAACAAUAAUUCAUGAAAAGAAAAUAUCACAAGAUUUACUAAGAAUAGAUAUUGUAAAUGCUAAAUUAAAAUAUCUUCCAGUUGAUAAUUUAAGAAAUCUAAUAGAACAACCUUUAUCUCUUGUUGAUGAACAUAAUAUGCCACUUUCAGAUGAACUUAAUCUUAUUAGAUUAUCAUUUGAAUCAGAUCGUUUUUAUAUUUCAAAUGAUAAGCAUAAAUUAAUAAUUCUUGAUAAAAAUGACAUAUUAUUAUGUGAAUCAAUCACUUUUUAA